AUGCCCCAGGCAUACAGAAAACACAUUGCCUUUGUGAAACAGCCACAUGAAAACUGGAGCUUCCCUCGGAAAAGCACUAAGCUGGGCCAACAUCUUCAGAGGCAGGAUCAAAACCAGCUCUCUGCUGGGAAAACCUGUGGACUUGGCACCUAUCUGAGAGUGUUUGCUGUCAUGGGCCCUAUGCAUGAGGGUUCAGGCCUGUGGAGCGCUGAGCUGCUGCACUACAUCUCUCAGGCAGGCACCAACACUCAGGCAGGCACCAACGCUCAGGCAGGCACCAACGCUCAGGCAGGCACCAACGCUCAGGCAGGCACCAACGCUCAGGCAGGCACCAACACUCAGGCAGGCACCAACGCUCAGGCAGGCACCAAUGCUCAGGCAGGCACCAACGCUCAGGCAGGCACCAACGCUCAGGCAGGCACCAAUGCUCAGGCAGGCACCAAUGCUCAGGCAGGCACCAACGCUCAGGCAGGCAAGAUCUCUGAGGCGGGAACAAGCUCCGAGGCGGGAACAAACUCCAAAGCGGGAACCAAUUCCAAGGCGGGAAUGAACUCCAAGGCAGGAACGAACUCCAAGGAGGGAACAAACUCCAAGGAGGGAAUGAACUCCAAGGCGGGAACGAACUCCAAGGCGGGAACGAACUCCAAGGCGGGAACGAACUCCAAGGCGGGAACGAACUCCAAGGAGGGAACGAACUCCAAGGCG